UAUCCAACAUUGUCUCGUCUCAGACAAGAGAGAGAAAUGAGAGGAGAGUGCCGGUGUUGGUUUCAUCGCCGGCUAAUACCUGCGAGUGAUACGACACGGACCGCGCAGGAGCUCUCUAUACAUCAAGGGCAACCCGAUCUGUGGAAAAUCGCACCUAAAGGAGAACAUCUCAGGUUCAUGUAUUGGCAAUAAGUGGUAUUGGCAAUGAAUAACGGUGCAGUAGUUUUUGGUGGUUCAGGCUUCUCGAACUCUGAAAAUUGAGUUUUCAAGGGAUCUGACAUGGAUAUGAGUGCAAUUUUCUGUAUGAGUAGCAAAUGGUUUAGUGAGGAGAUGAAGUUUCACAGUAUCCUGAUGUCUAGCAGCGUGAAGCCUGUUGAGAGAGACCCUGUUCGGAGCCAUGUUUACAGGAGAGUGACAAUUGUAGAGAGAAAAGAACAGGUCGGACUUUACAAAUAUAUGGAAGACAUCGGGAAAGAAGCGGGGGAUCAUUUGGCAGUUUGACGAAGAAGUUGAUGCUGUGCGUAGAGGCUUGCGCGACCCUAUGUUCACGCCGCGUAGAGAUUCGUGAAAGGGCAGUUUUGUUUUUUUAAAUUAUCUACGGUUUUUUAAGGAUUUGGGGUGAAAAUCAAGGGCCUAGGUUUAUCUAAUCUAAACAAAAUUAAAACUGCUACCUAACCAUUCACCAUUACAGGUAUCACACCGGUAAUUUGUUCCUCAGCCGUCAUCACUCAUCAGCACCGACUCCUACCACUAGAUCUUGAAGAUAAGCUCAAGAUCACUCAAAAUAUUAUUUAUAAUUUUUAUGUUAACUUUUUUGUGACAUUACUAAAAUCAUUGUACUUCAUUCGGUGAAAUCCUGUAAACUACUUUGCUUAUUUACCACACAACAAAAUUAGCAUUGUAUUCAAUACUAUAAAUAAUACUCAUGCUAAUCUUGUUGUGUGGUACAUAAGCAAAGUAGCUUACAGGGUUUCACCGAGUGAAGUAGAAUGAUACGUAGUAUUAGUCAUGUCACAAAUAAAGUUAACAUAAAAACUACAAAUUAUAUUUUGAGUGAUCUUGGGCUUAUCUUCAAGAUGUAGUGGUGGGAGUCGGUGCUGAUAAGUGAUGACGACUGAGGAAAAAAUUAACGACGUGGUACCUGUAAUGGUGAAUGGUUAGGUAGCAGUUUUUAAGAUUGUUUCUAAAUUGCUCUUAUUUUGUUGAAUACUACAAGAUCUUACAAUCAAAUUUAGUCCACCCA